GCCGUGGAUUUUGUGUUGUUAUAAUUGUUAUUGAAAACCGCGUGCGGUUAAUUUAAUUUUUACGUAUAUGUAAAUAUGGAUCAAAAAGCCAUAUACAAAUUCUGUAAGAGCUUAGGAUGCUGUGAAGCGUGUUGUAUUCGCUAUAUUGGAAUUAAAAACCCGAAUGCUUUUGAAAAUGCAACAAAAUUUGUUACCAAAUUCCAUGAAGAAAAUGAAGUCGAGCGCAUUGAUACUGAUAAAAUCAUGACUGAUGAUGUUUCUGCACAUAAAAGUGAUGAAAACAGUGCCUCACACAGUAGUAAUGUAAGAAAUAGUGAUGAAAAUACCGAUAAUUCAAUAGAUAGUAAGGAAAAUAAUACAAAUAAUGGCUCAAUAGAUGUAACUGCUGCUAUAUUAGAUAGUAAUGGCAGUAUGUCUCCACCGCACAAGAAACGCAAAUUAAAUAUAUGCGUCAGCUGUUUAGGUGUUCUACAACAGGAUAACUGGCAGGAAUGCUACCAAAUGGUCAAGGAAAUAUUAGAUAAAAAAGGAUAUGAAUGUAACACAUUUGCUUGUGCCCUAUCUGCACCGAUAGCAACAUUAUUACGAGAAAAGGCUGUCACUUUGCACCUCAUUGAUGAAUUUCCUCAGUAUGACGCAAAAACACUGACACCAUUAAAGGAAGCUUGGAAGUGGUCGUUUGGAGUGAAACUCGGUGCAUAUAUCAACAAGACACUGGACUCUGGUGCUAUUUCUCCAUUACUCAUCACUGUUAAUAUAGACUAUGUCGAUGAAUUACAGGAAUUGGAAAUAUUAAAAACGGUGUCGCCGCAGCUGUUUGCGGAGCGCAGCAAACAAAAGAGACGCUUCGUAACGGAAUUCACGAGACGAUCCGUUGAACAGGCGCUGGAGCUGGCCACGCUGUGGUCGCUGUCGGCGGGCGACGCGCUGCGGGCGCCGCACUCGCGCGCCGCGUGUGUGGGCGCAGCAUGCGCGCACGCGCCGCUCUACCUCGCCGGCAGAUACAUCAAAUUAAGUCGCAAUCUCCCGCAAUCGCCGUGGAUUUUGGAGGGAAAAAGAGUGUUGCCGUCAUCGGUACAGGAAAUCAUAUUCGGACCACUGAAUAAAUGUUACAAAUUCGAUCCCGAGGACGCUGACCGUAGAUUCAAGUUUAUAGCGGCGGGCAGGGAAGACGUGGACGUGCGGUGUCUUGGUGACGGGAGACCCUUUGCUGUCGAGAUAAGCGAUCCAACGAGACAGCUGACCGUGGAAGAAUUAAAGGAAGUAUGCGAGGAAAUAUCGAAAGGAGGUGAAGUUAUUGUGAAAGAAAUGUCAACAAUUACAAAAGAAGACUUGGUACAGCUGAAGAAGGGUGAAGAAACGAAGAGUAAAACGUACGAGGCGCUCUGUAUAAAAUUGUCGCACUCCAAAUUUGACGAGGACCAUACCGCACCGAUUCGUGUUACGCCGGAGGAUAUCGAACGUAUAAAUACGUACACGAACACGACGAAUAAAGACGUCAAAAUUGCGUUACAACAGAAAACGCCGAUCAGAGUGUUACACAGGCGGCCUCUACUCACUAGGAACCGGGAAAUCUUGGAGCUGACGGCCUCGUUGAUACCAGAGCACCCGCAGCUGUUCGCGCUGCGCGCGCGCACGUCGGCCGGCACGUACGUGAAGGAGUGGGCGCACGGCGAGCUCGGCCGCUCGGCGCCCGCGCUGCCGCACGCGCUGCUCGCGCGCGCCGACCUGCUGGCGCUCGACGUGCGCGCCGUGCACCUCGCCUGGCCGCCGCGCGCCGCGCAGUGACCCGCAGCACAGGACGAGAGGAUGGCGUCGAUACUUACGCCUUGAAACGUUACUUACUAUUUGUAAACGUUAACGAAUGUUCCAAAUUCAAAUACUAUUGAUA